AUGCCACAACUUAACCCCACCCCCUGAUUUGCAAUUUUAGUAUUCUCAUGAGUAAUCUUCCUCACGAUUAUCCCCACCAAAGUACUAAACCAUAUUUCACCAAAUGAACCAACCCCGGUAAGCGCCGAAAAACACAAGACUGAAUCCUGAGACUGACCAUGGCAAUAA